UUUGAGGAAAAUGGCGCAACAAAAGAAGCGCAGGACUAAAUUGUCCGAUCCCGUACAAUAGUGGGUGCGCCGAGAUAGACAACGGCCCAAGUUUCUGUAGUCCACGUUGAAGACGCAAGUCGCAGACUUUGGUCCUUCCAAAUUCCGAUCACCCGUCGUCUUUUGUUGCUCUGUCACUCCGACUCGGCCACGCAUUCACGCCGGUUGGUGUUCGCCGCCGUAAUACCCGAGUCCGCAACCAGCAAUUCUCUGCCGCAGACCGCAGUGUGCUAGUGCCUCUACUCGCUGGUCUUCCGGUUUUAGAUUUUUAGAAUCCAUUUGAAGUUUCUCCACGCAUGGAAAAGGUUUUGUGUGAGCGACUGUUGGAUAAGAACCAACCUAUUGCCGAGCGCUUCAGGGCCCUAUUCUCUCUUCGCAAUCUCCGCGGCACAGGGCCACGGCAUGCUCUUAUACAUGCAACUAGGGACUCUUCAAACCUAUUAGCUCAUGAGGCUGCAUUUGCAUUGGGUCAGAUGCAAGAUGUUGAUGCCAUUCCGGCUCUGGCAGCAGUUUUGGGUGAUCUAUCUUUGCAUCCCAUUGUUCGGCAUGAGGCUGCAGAAGCACUGGGGGCAAUUGGUUUAGACUGCAAUGUUCCCAUUCUACAGGAAAGCUUGACCUCAGAUCCUGCUCAAGAGGUUCGAGAAACAUGUGAACUGGCCCUAAGUCGAAUCAAGGAGCUGAAGGAUGUUAAAAGUAGUGAUGAUACUUCAUCCCGAUUUCUGUCAGUUGACCCUGCCACACCUGCUUCUUGUUCCUCUGUACCACAACUGAGGGAAGUUCUUUUAUGUGAAGAAAAGGGUAUGUAUGAACGCUAUGCUGCUCUUUUUGCACUUCGAAAUAAUGGCGGAGAGGAAGCUAUCUCUGCCAUUAUUGAAUCAUUAGGUGCAACCAGUGCUCUACUCCGACACGAGGUUGCAUAUGUUUUAGGUCAGUUACAAGACAAAAAGGCUGCAGAUGCUUUAUCUAUGACACUAAGGAACACAAAUGAGCACCCUAUGGUUCGACACGAAGCAGCUGAGGCUCUUGGUUCUAUAGCAGAUGAUCAUUCUAUUGCUCUCCUUGAGGAAUUUGUGAAGGAUGGAGACUCCAUUGUUGCCCAAAGUUGUGAAGUUGCUCUCAGCAUGCUCGAUUAUGAGAGAUCAGGAAGAUCUUUUGAGUUUCUCUUCACGAGGUGAGCAGAAUUCAUAGUUAUACCAUAUUUACAUAGCAACAUCGGGCUUAUGUUACUCGUAGCUUUGGACUGCUUCCUUGCAGUUUCGCAUCCAAAUUGACCAUUGCACUGGCUAUUUGCAAUUUGCUAAUUAUUUGUAAUUUUUUCAUUUUAGUCCUCUGAUAGUACGAUACUUGCCUUCGACCUACUAUCUUUGAAAUAUGUGAACAAGAUAAUUUUAAUUACGUGAUUGAUGUUGAAUUUGUAAAGCAUGAAUAUCUUCGAAUCAUAUAACAUUACCAAAUAUGAGCCUAUAUGGCAUGUGACAAAUUUAGAGGAACACGUGAAAAAAGAAAUACUCCAUAUGUGACAAGUAGUUAUACAUUCUUGCCAUUUUUAAGCUAUUCUGCCAUUCACGGUUACCGUUUUUAACUUUGU